CUCUAGAUGAGAGUGCAAAGGUUAACAUUGUUUAUUGGUGAGCACGGACUGUCCCUGCCCCAUAUAAAAUACAGACCAACACAAGUGUGUGAUGGAUGUGGUAGUUGUUGGAAGUUGCAAUGUAGACUUAAUCUGUUACACACCAAGACAGCCCAGGCCAGGGGAAACAAUUCAUGGCACCAAGUUUCAUACAGGAUAUGGGGGGAAAGGUGCCAACCAGUGUGUGAUGGCAGCUAAACUUGGGGCCAGAACUGCAAUGGUUGCUAAGCUGGGCAAUGAUUUUUAUGGCAACAACACAAAGGAAAACUUUAAGCAACAUGAAGUCGAUGAUACUCAUGUAAAACAAACUGACAGAGACUCAUCAGGAGUUGCUUCAAUCAUUGUCAGUGAAGAUGGUCAGAACUCCAUUGUUAUUGUGUCGGGUGCAAACCUUCUGCUGUCAGAGGAUGAUGUGCAUGCUGCAAAAGAUCUUAUAAGACAUUCAAAAGUACUUGUGUGUCAGCUGGAAGUACCACCGUCAACAUCACUUGCAGCUUUGAGACUUGCUAAGUCAAAUAAAGUAUACAGCAUUUUCAAUCCCGCACCAGCAAUCGAAAACCUGGAUCCACAGUUCUAUACUGCUUGUGAUAUGCUUUGUGCUAAUGAAUCUGAGGCUGAACUACUGACUGGAGUACCGAUUACUGAUGAACAAAGUGCAAAACUGGCUGCCAAAAAGCUACAUGAGAAAGGAUGUGACACAGUCCUUGUUACCAUUGGUGACAAGGGUAGUGUACUGCAUACAUCUGGUCAAGAAGGGCUGCAUAUUCCUGCAGAUUCUGUUGUGGCUGUGGACACUACAGGAGCUGGUGAUGCAUUCAUCGGAGCACUUGCAUUCUAUAAAGCAACAAUGCCAACUCUGUCUCUUGUGGAGUCAGUCAAGCGUGCCAGUAUUAUUGCUGCCAUUAGUUGCAAAUCGCGUGGAACUCAGUGUAGUUUUCCUUCUGCUGAUCAGCUGAACCCUGCACUAUUGACACUUUGAAAGAGAAAUUGUGAUACUAGUAUUUAAGUAAUACUAUAUAAUAGAAUAUUUUUAUAAUGCAGCAUUUGCACUUAUUGCAUUAUCAAUGACUGAUAUUUCUAGGAUUUUGGGAGGUUUAGUACUUUUAUGAUAAACUAUGAUGUUUUUCCUUGAUUUGCAAAAUUGUCAAAGAAGUGCACAUAACAGCAUUAUGUAGGACAUAUUUCAUUAUGAAGCUUUUAUUUGCCUGUACAUUUUCUGUCAUAGUGUUUAAUGUAUAUCUGCAUGUGACCUUUGUAGCAUUAAGAAACAACUUUUUUCUUAAAUCAAAAUAGUUCUGCAAAAUAAUUCUUCUAUCAUUCUUGUAAGUGUAAAUCCUAUUUGCCCUGAAAUGUUUUGCAUACUUUGUGACAAAAAGAAUCUUCAGGUGGUUAUGGUGUUUAAUUUUGCAGAUGCAAUGACAGAACUGAGAACCGCAAUCUAAGAAGUGUGGAAAUUAAUUAAACUUUUAAUUUUGUAAAAACAUUUUAUGAACUGAAAUACUGUCAAAAGAGAGGAAGCUCUCCGACUUUUUGCCCCCAUUUAUUGUCCUGGACUUACAGACUUUUAAGCGCACUUUGUUCAUUUUUUUUAUUUUUGGGGAGAAGACAGAUUUUUAAAUAACUGUAACUAUUUGAAUUGUUUUGAAUAUAUAUUUCCUGCAAGUGUAUUUGCAUAUUUACCUUUAGAACUACCAAGCAUUUUAAGACAGAGGUUUCAUUAUACUAGGGCUCAUUUGUAUUAUUUUAUGAGAUGCUCUCUUGCACUCUUAGAAUUAUUUGUGACAUUUUUUUUAUGUAAUAAUUUUUUUAGGCUAGUUGAUUGAAUCAUGUCUAGUUUCAAUGGAGAUGAAAGGGUUUAUUUGAAAAUGUACCCAACAUUUUGGUCUUCCGAUAAACUUUGUUUUGAAAUCUUUUUGUGCAAAUAAAAUCAGAGUUGCUGCUUGGAA